AUGGACCGCGUGACCAGAUACCCCAUCCUGGGCAUCCCGCAGACACACCGUGCCACCGGCCUGGUGCUGAAUGGAGACACCAGCUACACAUACCACUUGGUGUGCACGGGCCCUGAGGCCAGUGGCGGGGGCCAGGAUGAGCCACAGACACGGUCCACUCACUACAAGGCCCAGCAGGCUGUGUGGAGGCGGGGGCUGUCCUACAGCGUGCAUGCCUACCCUGGCCAGCCGUCCCCACGGGGACUCCACUCGGAGGACGGGGAAGAUGAGGGUCUGAAGAUUUAUCGCCUGGGUGCCAGGGAUGCCCACCAGGGACGCUCAACAUGGGCCCUCCACCCCGAGGACGAGGAGGACGCGGAGAUGAAGAUGUACCACCUGGAUGCUGGGGACACCGUCCCCAGGAGGCCAUGCGACCUGGAGCGGGAGCGCUGGGCCAUCAUCCAGGGCCAGGCAGUCAGGAAGAGUGGCACCGUGGCCACGCUCCAGGGCGCCCCUGACCACGGAGACCCCAGGACCCCCGGCCGACCUCGGUCCACGCCCCUGGAGGAGAACACAGUUGACAGGGAGCAGAUUGACUUCCUGGCAGCAAGACAGCAGUUCUUGAGUCUGGAGCAGGCGAACAAGGAGGUCCCUCAUAGCUCCCUGGCCAGGGGGGCCCCCGCAGGCACAUCCCCAGGGGUCAGCCAGGCCCCCAAGGCCUUCGACAAGCCCCACUUGGCCAACGGGCAUGUAGUUCCCAUCAAGCCCCAGGUGAAGGGGGUGGUCAGGGAAGAGAACAAGGUUCGUGCCGUGCCCACCUGGGCCAGUGUCCAAGUUGUGGAUGACCCUGGCUCCCUGGCCUCAGGGGAGUCCCCGGAGACCCCCAAGGAGACGCCCAUCGAGCGGGAGAUCCGACUGGCUCAGGAGCGUGAGGCAGACCUGCGACAGCAGAGGGGGCUUCGGCGGGGAUCCGACCACCAGGAGCUGGUGGAAAUCCCUGCCAGGCCACUGCUGACCAAGGUGAGCCUGAUGACAACCCCACGGCGGGAGAGAGGGCGCCCGUCCCUCUACGUGCAGCGGGACAUGGUACAGGAGACACAGCGCGAGGAAGACCACCGGCGGGAGGGCCUGCAGGUGGGCCGGGUGUCCACACCCGACUGGGUCUCGGAGGAUCCCCAGCCUGGAAUCCAGAGAGCCCUCAGCUCGGACUCCAUCCUCGGUCCGGCCCCAGAUGCCCGUGCGGCUGACCCAGCUCCAGAAGUGAGGAAGGUAAACCGUAUCCCACCUGAUGCCUACCAGCCUUACCUGAGCCCCGGGAACCCCCAGCUAGAAUUCUCGGCCUUCAGAGCAUUCGGCAAGCCCAGCAGCCUCUCCACAGUGGAGGCCAAGGCUACAACUUCACCAAAGGCCACGAUGUCCCCGAGGCAUCUCUCAGAAUCCUCCGGAAAACCCCUGAGCAGAAAGCAGGAGCCAUCGAAGCCUCCUCGGGGAUCCCUGCAAGCCAACAGGGGUGUCGUGAGGUGGGAGUACUUCCGCCUGCGUCCUCUGAAGUUCAGGGCCCUGGACGAGCCCCAGAAGGCCCAAGUUCCCCAUGGCUGGGGCUGGGAGGUGGCCGGGGCCCCGGCCUUGAGGCUACAAAAGUCCCAGUCAUCUGACCUGCUGGAAAGGGAGAGGGAGAGUGUCCUCCGCCGGGAGCGAGAGGUGGCAGAGGAGCGGAGGAAUGCCUUCUUCCCAGAGGUCUUCUCCCCAACGCCAGAUGAGAACUCUGACCAGAACUCCAGGAGCUCCUCCCAGGCAUCUGGCAUCACAGGCAGUUACUCCGUGUCUGAGUCUCCCUUCUUCAGCCCCAUCCACCUGCACUCAAGCCUGGCGUGGACGGCGGAAGAUUCAGUGGACAGUGCUUCUCCCGGGCAGAGAAGGAAGGAACAAUGGUACGCUGGCAUCGACCCCUCGGACGGUAUUAACUCAGAGGUCCUGGAAGCCAUACGGGUGACCCGUCACAAGAAUGCCAUGGCAGAGCGCUGGGAAUCCCGCGUCUACGCCAGUGAGGAGGAUGACUGAGCCUUGGGAUGGGGCGCCCACCCCCUGCCCUGCCCUGACCCUUGUGGGAACUGCCAAGACCAUUGCCAAACCCCACGCUAGGAAAUGGGUCCUAGAUCCAGGAUCAAAG